AUGUGUUUAUUGCAUCGAACUUUUCAGGCUGGAACGCCGGUUGACAUUCGCGAUCGAGAGGGUCGAACCCCUUUGCAGCUUGCCGCCUGGCAAGGUCACGCUGCCAUCUGUCAACUGCUUCUUGAGGAGGGUAACGCUCGAGUGGAUGCAGUAUGCAGCCAAGGUGCCACGUCUCUCUGCAUUGCUGCCCAGGAAGGUCAUGCACAUGUGUGCUCCGUCCUCCUCCAGGCUGGAGCAAAUCCCUUCCAAGCUGACAGUCACGGUCGCACUCCAUACCGUGUUGCCCUCAAGGCUGGUCACGUUGAAAUUUGUGAACUGCUUGAACAACGUUACGGUUCAAACCACCCCAGUUGGUUUGAUCCGAAUGGUCGCGAAUCCCUAUCCCCGGAAAUGAAUCCCCACAGAACUCCGAUUGAUCAGGCUCAUGGACCAUCAGGAGGUCAUGGACUGGUCGGUCGAGGUCAUUCACGAUUGACCGCUCAGGACUAUCCACGCGGAGUGGCUGUCAGUUUGACUGCUGCAAAUCCAAUUCCAGUCCUAUCUGGACCACCACCACCACCACCACCACCACCAGCGCCACCACUACUUGAGGGCAAUCACCACCCGGUACACCAUCAUCACAAUCAUGUGUCCACGAGACGAGAUUACGGAGAUGACACGAACCCUUAUGCCCGACCACCAGGUCCACUGGCUGCGCAGCGCUUUCAACAACCGUCAUCAGAUAACAGUUGUCAUUCGGAAGUUCACAAGAUCCUCCCAUCCAUGCGCUUCCAACCCCCCGGCCCCCAUGUGAAUUCCAGUGGCAAUCCAGCAUCAUUUUUACACCCAGAGGCAUUCGUGCAUGCAGAUGUGAUGCAUCCGACUACGGGGCAACAUGGACCAUGGCAAUACAGCUCCUCCGCUGGUUUCCCUCCCACUUUCAUUCAGACAUCCGAUCUCCACUCGGGUGGGUUCAUUCCUCUGGGACACUAUCCGGGAAAAUCCGAACCACCGGGUUAUGAUUCGGUACACGCAAAUGCUUAUCACCGACCAAUAGACCACGGAACGCCCCAUGGUCCUACAGGACAUUUACCACCUCAUGUGACCGCACAUCACAGUGAAGUGGGUGAGUCGUUACCUGUACGUGCGCCUGGGUCACUACAUCCGGGAUCAAGAAUUCUGCAAAAUCAGGCGGUUAAUGCUGACGGAAGAACUCCCGUAGAAUCUCAUCGUGUCAAACAAUCACAGCACCACCACCAUCAACAACAGUCAAAAGAGCCAAAUCAUCGAGCCGUUGCACAACAUCGCUCUACUCGACCAGAUGGGCGUGAAUCUGGCAAUGACCUUCCAGAUCGCCUGGGUGCCACAGCAUCCAAGCAUCAAAAUCUGCGCGAGGAACCCACUCGACACGCUUCCAGUCGUGUGCACCAAGACGUGACUGCAUAUCCGGAUUUGCUACCACAUCAGUUUCACCAAGUCCCCGUGGAGAAUACUCGCGGGGAACCUCUGACACCUGUAACUGGUUCUGUGUUCCCUACAAACGCAUCAGGUGGAACUCGGGCAAUCAAAUCAACCUGUGUCGUAUCCUCAGCUGGCCCUAUCACAAAAGAUCGGUCCCAAACACCCCGUCAUAGAGACGAACCACCCCCACUACCUCAGCACGCAACAAACCCCAGCAGCAGCGGACUUGUCAGUUCAGGUACAUCCGGGACAGCUUCCGUCAGUUUGGUUGCUCAAGCUGAACAGAAACGACACAACGACGAACGUUCCGUCUCACGUGAGGUUUCAUUCCAUACCAGUUCGAAUCCCACUCCUCCGCAAGAGUCAAAAACGUCUUCAGCCAAAUCCACUCUAGCUGGCAUGCUUCGAUUUGGUAAUAGGCGGGGAAAGAAGUCACGUAAACAACCAUUCGGUAGUCCGGACUUGACAAGUUCACCUACCCCUACCAGUUGUGUCAGUGGCGCCACUGGAGUUGGUCCGUUACGAACCAAACUGAAACCAUCAGCUCAGUCCAAAACGGUCGAUGAUCCAGGUUCCGAUCGACUUCCGUGUGUUAGUCAACCCGGUCGGUCGGGUUUGGAAAGCCACGGGAUGAAACCUAAUCCCCUAACAUUAACACCGACUCAAUCGGGACACGAAGCCCCUGACCGAGGUGUAACUAGCUCGAUGCAAUUAGAAGCACUGGCACGAAAAUUGGCCUGUUGUACGCAGAUUGAAGGUGUUCCGUCUUCGAAUCCCACAUUUCUCUCGCGCUCACAACUGGCCGCCUCGAAACCGUACAGUCCUCAACUCUGGGAUCGUCAGUCGGUGCGGAACGAUUCCAAUCGUCCGCCAUUGUGA